AUGUUACUGUCACACUCCUUUGUGAUUUGCAUUUCCGAAAGAAACGGAGGCUCUGACGAAAUCAGUCUGACUAUGACCUCAACCAUUGUUGCUCUAGCUAUGGACUCAGAUUACAACAUCUCAAAGUUCAUCUUCAAAGAAAAGAAGAUCAACCUCCUGGGAAAGAAAAAGGACCUAUUUUUGAUGUACCCCAGGUUCCUUCUAAUAUUUUUUAAUGAAAAAUAUCCCCAAAUAGAAACAACUCCCGAUACAUUAGAUAUGGAAGCUUUAGGUCCCAACACUUGUGGACUCAUGAAGCAAUCGAGAAAGUCUACUAAAGUUGCUUAUCAUGGAUUAAAGAAGUUAGUUAAAUUUGGAAAGUUUGAUGAAAUUGAAGACUCUCCUGCUGUUAGUUCAAUAAAUGUUAAAGUUGUCGAUGAACACAUGGCACCUAAACCAAAGUUUCAAUUUGCCUUUGAAGAUAUUGAAUUAUCUUAUGAAGAAGAUCAAGAGGAUCAAGAAAAAGAAUUGACAGAAAAUGAGUUUAAAGACUUUGUUCAACAAAGUAUCUCAAACCCAGAGAAGGAUGCAUUUGUCACACCUCUGGUUGUGAGUGAAAGGGAAAGUGACACAACAAUGCAAUCUUCCAUACCGAUAUUUGAACAGAUGGGUGCUCUCAUAGCAGAACUUCAACGAACUACAAGGAAGCCUCCCUAA